AUUCAUAAAAAAUGCAAUGAAACUGAAAAGUCAUUCCUCGUGUUGUCGAUAUGACGUCAUCAACGGAAUACAGUUUUGUGUAGUCCAGUCAAAGAAAAUAUUCUGUUUCAUCUUACUUUAAAGGUAGCAACAAUGGCAGAAGCAUCAAAUUCAAAGAAAAACAAUUACAGAGAAAUAUCACAAAUUGGAGUUGGAGAGAGGGCAAGGAAACGGAUGUUUGAAUGCUUGAUGUGCUCGCGAGUUGUGGCUUCAAAGCACUCAAUAGAGAAACACCUUGCUACUCAACAUAACUUGUCUCCUGUAAAACGUCUUAAAAAACUUUAUCGAUACGAUGAAAAUGUGCCAGUUCCAACACGAACAUUGUACAGAUGGAAAUCCAGUAGGAAGAUUUUGAAAGAAAAUGCUGAUCAAGGUCAGUCAAUAGAUGAGCCUCUUCCAGACUUCCCGAAAUACGUCGAGGAGCGAGCAGAAAUGAAGAAGAGGUACGAAAAUAACAGAACCGAGAGGAAAUUUAAUGAGAAAUGGAAACAGGGACGCGAAUGGUUAGUCUAUGACACGGAGAAGGGGAACAUGCGUUGCGCCGAAUGUGGUGAUUAUUACAGUGAAAAAAUAAUAACUGAAAAGAAUUUAAGUAAUACCAACACGUUUAUUCUUGGUUGCAAGAAUUUCUGA